AUGUCAAUUUAUUGUCAACAGAUAGAUGAAAUUGUUGAAUGUAAUAGCAAACAUUUAGAUCAAUAUCAAUUAGAUACAAUGAAUCUUACUGAACAAGAAGAACUUGCUAAUACAAUUUUAAAUGAAUAUAAUAAAAAUUUAACAACUCUUGCCUAUAUAACAUCAUCAGCUGAAUUUGAAGCACAUUUAUAUUUGAAUGAUACAAACAAAAGACGUACAACGGAAAAAUGUUAUGAAGCUUAUCGAAAUUGUUUAAAAACAAUUGCUACUGCUGCAAGACAAUUUAAAAAUUUAAUAGAAAAUCAAAAUUCAUCAUUAUAUUGGUUAUUAAUACGUACACAAGCUAUUGGAGAUGCGGGAGAAACAGAUUUAAAUAUUAAAAUUCAAUUACAUAAAUUAAAAACUCAUAUUAAAGAAAUUUAUCAUAGAAAAUUUAUUUGGAAUAAUACAAAACUCGGAAUUGAUGAAGUUCAAGAAAUACUUGGUACACUUAAUUCACCUGAUGAUCUUCUUUCAUUAUGGAAUGCAACUUAUGAAGUAGCUGCACCAAUGAGAGAUUAUUAUUCAACAUUAAUUGCUGUACAAAAUCAACAGGCCACACAGAAUCGCACAAAUGAAAAAAGUGAUACACCAGCAAAUCUUGAAGAACGUCAGUUAGUUGAACAAUUAUGGCAAGAAUUAAAACCAUUACAUGAAUUAUUACAUGCUUAUAUAAGACAAAAUAUGGCUAAACUUUAUCCGGGACAUGUUCGAGUUGAUGAAGCUAUACCAAUUCAUUUAACAAAAGAUUUAUUUGGUUUAAUGAUGACAUAUCUUGAACGUGAUAUACUACCAUUUCCUCAUGUAAAAGGCAUUGAUUUAGGUCCAGCAAUGAUACGAAAGAAUUUUACUGAACAAGAAAUUUUUCAAUACGCUGAUAAAUUUUUUAUUUCAUUAAAUUUAACACGUGUACCAGAAAAAUUUUGGAAUUUAUCUAUAUUUAAAAAGAUUCCUAAUCGUCAUAUGGCUUGUCAUCCAACAGCGAUUGAUUUAUAUAAAUAUGAUGAUGUUCGAAUUCGUAUGUGUACAAGUAUAACAUCACGUGAUUUUUAUGUUGUUCAUCAUGAAAUGGGUCAUAUUCAACAUUAUCUUCAAUAUGAAAAUUUACCAUUUUGGUUUCGUCGAUCACCACACGGUGCAUUUGGUGAAGGUAUUGGUGAUGCAAUUGCAUUAGCAACAAUGUCUCCAACACAUUUAAAACGAAUUGGUUUACUUGAAAAUUAUACAUCAUCAAGAGAGGAUAAUAUAAAGUUUUUAAUUUCACAAGGUUUAAGUCGACUUUUUUUACCACCGUUUGCAUAUGCACUUGAUAUUUGGCGUUGGUCAGUUUUUAAUGGUUCAAUUCAACCACAUGAAUAUAAUAAACGUUAUUGGGAUCUUAUAUGUCAAUAUCAAGGUAUGAAACCACCAACACAUCGUGAUGAACGAUAUUUUGAUGCUGGUACUAAACUUCAUGUUGCUUCAGAUCUAUCAUAUAUAAAAUAUUUUCUUGCACAUGUUUUUCAAUUUCAAAUAUUUGAUAUUCUAUGUCAAGAAGCUGGUCAUCAAGGACCAUUACAUUUAUGUGAUUUACAUGGUUCAAAUGCAGCUGGAAAUAAACUUAAAAUUUUACUUGGAUUGGGUUCAUCAAAACCAUGGCAAGAUAUAUUAGAAGAAUUUGCUGGUGUAAGAACAUUUUCAGCUAAAUCAUGUUUAAAAUAUUUUCAACCACUUCGUGAAUAUCUUGAAGAAUUAGUUGCUAAUGGUCAAUUAAAUGUUGGAUGGAAAUGUGAAAAUAAUCAUUGUUCAAAAAGAAAUUUUACUCGAAUAAAUAUUUGUUUUAUUUUAUUUUUAAAAUUUCUUAUUUCAAAAUUUUUCUUUUAUUUAUAA